ACCUAAUUUUAAAUUUAUCCGCUCUUGUUUUUUCUUAAAGUUUCAUAUUUGCAAGCCAAUCUAAUUACCCUUUUAAAUGUUCUCGCAAAGGUUCUUUUCGGGGAUGGGAUCUGCGAAUCUUUGAAGAUCUAUGCUAUCGAAAGAUUACUUGUAUUUCAAUAUCUGGGUAUAUGUUGAUUUUUGAAAGUGUUGCCAUUUCGGAAGCUUCUGGUUUGAGGUCGACAAGAAAUGGAGUCUAAGGAAAUUAGAUCCUCCGUGAUUGCCAGAUCGAUGCGUUUCAAUGGACUGUUUCGACCUCUGGGUCAAGAGAAGCUUAUUGAGAGGCAGAAGCAACCAAAAGGGUUUAUCCAAAAGUCUAAUUCUGGUGGUUUCACGGUGAUUCCAACAAAGGAACUUUGUCGAGUUUAUCUCCAGAAACCAGAUUUGUUUGCCUCGAAGGGUAUCAUUGAUGCACAAGCUAAGCCUCCUCACCGUCAGAAAAACGGUUCGAAAUCGAUGGGAUUGAAGGUAUAUGGGGAGAUGGCAGCAAAGCACAGGAAGUUUGGUAGGAGAUUUGAUCAUCAAAAUUUGAAGUUGAAGCUGAGACAUCAUACAAGUGUUGAUUCUCUGAAAUCCAAAAUCGGGAAGAAAGAGAAUGUUGUAAGGUCCUUUUCUCCUCUUGGUUUUGGUAGUGGUUCUCAGUUGCGAGGUUGGAAGAAAGGGCAAUACAUAACAAUUGAGAAGAAAUCAAAGGAAUUGAAGAAAGUUUGUGAUGGUACUACAGUCUGUCAUAAGAAGGAUAUAGUUGUUUUGAGAGAAGUUAGUUCCAAGUUAAUGGUUAGUACCUCUAGGGACUCGGUGUUAAGUUUGGACCGAAACAGAGUUGCAGCAGAUGAGAAGUUCAAGCAUAUAUCUUCUUCAGGUUUCAUUAGCAAGGAUGAAAAUGAGGAUUCAUUAGAUUGCUCCAAUGCAUCUCCUGGAUGUCAGACGAACUCGGAAGAAGCUCAUCAACCUAGCCCUGUUUCUGUUCUGGAGCCUGUGUUUUACGAAGAUAUGUUAGACGAUGAUGAAGAACUUCCUCAUCUUGAUUUUUACGGUCUAGAGAAACAGCUUGAUACCCUGAAAUCUGAAUCCGAUAGUUAUUCAGAUGGGAGUGGGAUGGAAGUAUCAAGCGAUGAGGAGUAUGUUCUUGAGUCUGAAACCAAAGAAAACAAGGACAGUGAACCAAUUGGAUUCUUGAAUUCACAAGAAAGCAGGGAUUCUUCUUACAUUGAUGAUAUCUUGGCUGAAGUUGUACUUGAGGACAAGAACUGGGACAAACGGGAGUCACUGGAUCUACUCAUCACCCCCAAGAUAUUUGAGAAACUAGAGAAGAAGUAUUACACAGUGACAUCUUGGAAGAGAUCUGAAAGAAAAGUUCUCUUUGACAGAGUCAAUUCGGGUCUGGCAGAGAUUGUAGAAUCCUUUACAGCUACACCAACAUGGAAGAAACCCGUUUCUAGGAGGCUUGGCGUCGUGCUAAGCACAUGUAGACUGAAACAAGAACUCUGGAAAGUACUUGACAGGCAAGAGAAGCGAGCCAAGAAGGAAUCAUUGGACAAAGUGCCAGUCAUGGACAUUGAUGAGUGGUUAGAACGUGAAGCUGAUGAUGAGUCAGUGGUUUGUGAAUUAGAAAGUAUGAUAGUGGAUGAUUUGUUGUCUGAGGUUGUCAGCUUCAUGUAGGGUGUAGAGGGAUUUUUUCAUUCUUUUUUGUUUCACAUCGCAUUCUCUGUAUUUUGAUUGAGAAUAGAGAGAGUAGUAUUAGUUGCAUUUGGCUUGCAUCAUCGAAAAGAGAUGUAUAGCGUUUUAAGGAAGUAAUGCAUAGUUUUGUUUAUCAGGUCUAGGAUUGGCCUCUUAGCAUGUCAGUCACAUUGCUUCAAAAGGUUGCUGUGACUUGUACCCAUUUGUUAAAAGUGUUUGGAACAGGCUUUUGUGUGAAUGAAACAAGAUUUU